AGAAAAAUGAAUUUUAUUAUAUGUGACAUCUUUAAAAAUUAUUUUUGUUUUAUUUCUCUUUUACUAUAAUACUAUAGAUACUACAAAUUAUUUACUCAAAAGACCAAAUCUAAUCUAAACGCAGGUGAGCAAACGCCACUGUUGCCCGUUCACGAUACCGCCGAUCCGAAAAUCGCCGAACGGCCCAUGGCAAAAUCACCAUCACCACCGCCGCCAUUAACUUCCAGGAGAAGCUCAAUCCCUCUUUAUUUCUACGUCUACGUUGUCCUCUUCCUCUCAGUCAUAUUGAUCCUAAUCGUCCACUCCUUCUCCGGCGGCCCAGACUGUACUCCCCACCGCCGUCCUCAGACUUUCUUCACUCGUUCAUCCCGGGUUUCCACGCCACGCUUCUCUCUCGUCAUCAAAGUCCUAACUUACAAUCGCUUACCAUCUCUCACUCGCUGCCUCAAUUCGCUUGCACUUGCCCACUACGACGACUUCACGCAAGUCCACCUUCACAUCUACAUUGACCACUUUCCUUUGGAAUAUAAUGACGGGAGAGGUUCUCAAGAUUUGGAUUCGAAAUUGGAUCUUUCGAGGGAGAUUCUUGAUUUCGUUGAUCGGUUUAAGUGGGAUUUUGGCGAUAAGUUGGUGCAUUAUAGGAAUUUGAAUGUGGGGCUUCAGUCUCAGUGGCUCGAGGCUUGGUGGCCUUCUUCAGAUGACGAGUUUGCCUUUGUUGUUGAGGAUGAUCUUGAGCUUUCUCCUUACUAUUUUAGGUUCUUGAAGAGUUUGAUCUUGAAUUAUUACUACAAUGAGUCCAAUUUUAACCCCAUGAUUUACGGCGCCUCUCUGCAGCGUCCGAGAUUUGUCCCAGGAAAACAUGGAAACAAAAUACAAUUAGAUAGUGGAACAGAGCUUUUCUUGUAUCAGCUUGUUGGAACCUGGGGUCAGCUGUUAUUUCCACGACCCUGGAAGGAAUUUCGUUUAUGGUAUGACAGUCAUAAGGCAAAGGGCAUAAAACCUAUUCUUGAUGGAAUGGUUACAACAGGAUGGUAUAAAAGGAUGGGAGAGAGGAUUUGGACACCUUGGUUCAUUAAAUUUAUUCAUGCCCGUGGUUAUUUUAAUAUCUACACCAAUUUUAAGAAUGAGAUGGCACUUUCAGUAUCGCAUAGGGAUGCUGGUGUUAACUAUGGCAAAUCUGCUGGGCCAGAUUCAUAUUUAAUGGAUGAAAACUCUUACAAUAGUAUUUUGGAACUGCAGCCAUUGAGCAGUUUGAAGUGGUAUGACUUCUGUUUUCGGGAAGUUAUCCCUCAUAGAAUUAUUAAGAAUUUUAGUCAACUUAGAUCUGUGGUUCCAUCUACUACAAAGUCAGAUACAGUUAUAAUUGUUGACCUGCAAGAGGUCUCAGAGAUGUCAAUUAGGAACUUGGUUUGUCAUUUUGAGAGGCUAGCUAUUGGGAAUUACAUUUUGCUGGGUCAGAAAUCUAAUCUAUUAGAUGAUCUUGCUCGAAGGGGGCAUCCGGUGGUUGAUGUGGAUCAAUUUUUGCUGCCCGAAAUGUCUAUCAAGUCAAAGGGAAUCCAAGAAUCUGGUAAAAAAUGGCUCAAAGAUAUUAUGGUUCAUGCCAUCAUUACUAGGGAACUUUUACAAGGAAAUCACAAUGUCUUGCUGCUGGAUGGCAACAUGGUACCCCUCAGCAGUGACCUUUUUUAUUCAUCCUCUUCCAUCAAUGAUAUUACUGUUGGGCAGAAAAAUCUUGUCUUUAUGAGGAGCUCAUCAGAUUCUUUGAAGAUCUGGGAUGAUUUUAUAAAUGAGAUUACAUCAAUGGUAGACACUUUGGAAAAUAAGGGUUCAGGUUCCCUAUUUGGCAAUUGGGUCAGUCAAGUGGGAAAGGUAUUGGAUCAGAAGAGUGUAAAAUACACAAAGAUAGAUGAAUUGCAAUAUGGGUUGUAUAUUGACGCUAUCCACAAUAACCAGACAAAUAGAGGAGAGGGGAAAAAGUUUGUUUUCUGGUCACCUGACAUCGAUCCAGAAGCAAUUGAGAAGAAGCUCAUAGAUUUAGGUAUGUGGGCUGUUGAUAGUGAGUUGACUUGCAAAGCGGUUGUUUGCCAUCAAUCAUAGUGCUCCAGAGCAUCACAGAUUUGAUCAGGUUUUGGCAAACUGGGUUCAUACUUUUGUCCAGUACAACCCUGUUCUGGAAAAGACCAACAAUGGCUAGGUAAGACUGUUGUUGUUCUGUCAACUGCCUGCCGGUAGAUUUUCUACAGAUAAAGUGGGUACCUCUUUUGGGUUAUGAAACAUUCCAUGCAAAACAGAAGGAAUACAUAUUAUUUUGUACCCAUCAGAAAGCUAGCUUGUUGACCGGUUUGCAGGAAGUGCAGAUCACAGUAACCUUGGAGCUCAGCAGGAGCGUUAUCAUCCAUGUUAGCGGGACAUUGGAUUUUGUAUAUUUGUGUCUAGACAUGAUCUCUUUGCGAAAUCAAUUCUUUGGUUAUCUGCAACAACGCUCAGAUACACUGCAGCAUCUUUGCAACAAAACUGACUGUUUGACUCUGUAAUAUGGUUCAGCGCUUGGAGCUGAAUUUUGAGGACUGUGUUAAGAGUUAAUAAUGAUAUUCCUGCAGUUAAAUGAUGUCACAAAUAGAGAAAGACAAUGUAAUUGCUUGCUUAAUUAUUUAUUCUUUUAUUACACCGUCACAUUAACUCGUAUAUCAGCAUGAAAAUUUCCUGGAAGGAUCAUAACAAUUUACAAUAUGGAGAUUUGCUGAGUUUGGAGAUAUCCAAGUGAUUAUAGCUUCGCGAGACAGUUUAGACUAUGAUGUAAAAAGUGCCGGAACAGUGAAAUGGGAU